AUGAGUAUGGAGAUAUCAUUUGAUAUAAUAGACAGUGGGCUUGUGACUGUAAUAUUUAGUCAAAAUAGUCCUGUUAGUUCUGAAAACUUAAAUCUGGAAACUGUAGUAAUUAAUAAUCCCAUUGAAGAAGGAUUGCUAUCUAGUCAAGACAGUCAUUUAUACACUGUAAACAUGGAAGAGACUUUGUUAGAUUACUUCAAGUAUCCACUUACCAAUGAAAAUCAAGAUCCAGUAGUAAAAGUAGAAGAACAACUACAUGGAAACAACAGCUGUGAUGAAGAUCUUGAAAAAUACAAGGAAUUAGAUCUUCCAGAAGAAGCUGAACAUAUGCCUUUACCUUCCCUGCCUUCAAAUGGUGUCCCCCUUUCUUCUGUAACGAUGCAGCAUAAAAAUCCCAGCGUUCCAACUUCAAGCAUUUUCUCUCCUGAAGGAACAGUCAAUCAGAAUGUCACAACGAUACCAGUGUUCAGAUCAUUCAUACUUCCAGUUGCAGGUGAGAAUAAAGGUAUUUAUUAUGACCAAUUUAAAAGAAUCCAAAACAGUACUAUGCAGUUAGAAAACUUGAUGAAUUGCUUAAAAGAAUCUGCAAGUGAUAUCUAAGGCUUACUUCAGACUAGUGCUUCUGUCUAUGAUGAAAUACGUGAGGUAAGAGAGGCAGUUAGUAAUGUUACUGAGAACCAACAAGACAGAAGAAUUUUUCAGAGUUCAAAUGUUGACGAGUCUGGCUGCAAGUUAUUAACAUUGCACAGUGUAAUGGAGGAAUCCAGAAGUUCACACAGGAAUGAUUGCAACCCUGUGGUUAUCUGCCAGCUGGAAGGAGGUACUCAAACACUCUGUAUCAACAGUUGUGGCACACAAGAACUAAACCCAGUUCAUCUAAUUUCGGAGUAUCACGACCAAAAUAAUUAUCUUCAGUCAGAUGUGGACAACCCUGUAACAGCUGUACUGGGGCAAUUUUCGCCUGAUCCAGGUGAACUGGUUCUAAAUGAGCAAGAGUUUGGAAGUGGACCUUUAGGAGCAGUAGCCAGCACUGCCACAUUCGAUCUAGAAUCAGAUCUGCAUGAGCUAGUGAAAAUGACCUCAGAGGGCUUACCUUAUCGUUCAGGGGUUACAAAGUCUAAGAAACCGUGUAACUGCACAAGAUCUCAGUGUCUUAAAUUAUAUUGUGAUUGCUUUGCCAAUGGUGAUUUUUGCAACAACUGCAACUGCAAGAAUUGUUUCAACAAUCAACUUCAUGAAAAUGAGAGAUUUAAAGCCAUUAAGGCCUGUCUUGAUAGAAACCCAGCAGCUUUCUUACCAAAGAUUGAGAAAAGGAAACUAAAAGAAAUUAAACCUCACCAUAACAAAGGAUGUAAUUGCAAGCGCUCAGAAUGCCUCAAGAACUACUGUGAGUGCUUUGAGGCUAAAAUUAUGUGUUCCUCUAUUUGCAAAUGUAUUGGUUGCAAAAAUUAUGAAGAAACUCCAGAUGAAAAAAUACAGGCAAACGUGCUAAACUACAUGGACUUUGGAAAUAACGAAGAAAAUAGCCCAGUUUUAACAUCAACAUUCAAAAUGUUAUCCAAAUCGAAGAAAGACAGGCAACCAGCUGUAUGUAUAUCUUGGGAAGAAGUGAAAGCAGUAUGUGCUUGUCUCCUGGUGCAAGCUCAAGAAGCAGAAGAACGAGGUUACUCUGUCUGUCUAGCUGAGCAGAUGAUCAUGGAGGAAUUUGGGAGAUGUUUAUCCCAGAUCCUGCAUCUUAUUUCGAGGUAUGGAUUGGUACAGAGUGAAAAUUAA